CAAGCGCCCUGCUCCUGACAAGCGACGCCAGAUGAUACGUAUCCUAGCUGAUGAAAUCAGGAAAUGUGAGAAUAACCCCACACGCAAUGAAUGUCUCAUCAUCUGCCGCAACAUUGUUAAGCAUUUCCCCAACAGUUUUGCAGAUAUGACACCAAGCGGUGUCAUCAUUGGUAGUGGAUGUACUUCACUGCUUUGUCAAUUAAAAACAAGAAUUGAGAACAUGAACCGUGCAGGGACAAAGAACAGACUCCGAACUUCAAAAGUGCCUGGACAACUGCAUCAGAGGCCAAGUGAUUCUUAUGGAUGCACACAAUUUAACCCUGAACUGCCACCAGAAGAAACAUAUGAAACACUGGAGCAGAAGAGGCAACAGUUGGAGACCAUUUAUAGACAAGAAGGUAUUCGCAGUGGUGAGAAGGGGGAAGUGAUUAACCUUAUGAAAACAACAUUCUGUCUUCAGCGUAGACACAUAAAUCAGUCUCCAUCACCGUCCAUCGAAGAUAUGAGAAUCCAGUGGCCUUACCUUUUUACACAAAGAGGUAUCUUCAUUCACUUCGAGUUACUAACUGACAUUAACGUGUUAAGUGUCUUGGACCUAUCCAUUAAGGAAUGUGGACAGGGAAUCAGGAAGUACCUGCAGACCAAAUCAAAGAACAAAGAUGUGCAGUCUAUCGUCACCCAGGAUGAAGAUGGAGAGUUGACUCUAAUACAGCUGCUGAUGGCCUACUUCGAUGAAGGGAUAGAGGGACUAAUACUCCGUGCUGAUAUAUCUGCCACGGCAGCAGAUGUUGAGAGCACCCUGACCAUCCCCGCCUCUCCACGACUGAUACUGCUGUUUGCCGGUGAUGAAGCCACAAUUGGAGGAUGGAUGAUCACCAUCGAAAAUCAUGUAAUCUGUGAAGGUGUUGACCAAAGCUUCAUCACAGGGCUAGCUGCAGUUUUCUCUACUUACUACAUCUUUAAUCUACAGUACCAAGAAGAAGCUUCAAGGACCCUGGAGUUUGUACAAAGGCGAUUCAUUGGUUUGAAUCCAGAGAGAGGGACAAAGGCCAGCCAGGUGAAGGUGAUCUCCAAAAAGACGGGGAAACUUGUCCAUAAAAAGACUGCAACUGUGAAUGUCCACGUAGCCAACCUGAUAAAAAAUCUUUUGGACUUUGAGUGGGGUUUUGUGCAGUAAUACAAAGCCAGUACAGCUAAUGUUCAACAUCCUGUUUCAGAGCUGAAGUCGCUGCUGUGCUUUGCAGUUGAGUGUUAAUGCAAAGUCAGUACAUUGUUCUGCAUUUGAGUGUUCAGUUGAAGUCAGUGCAGUAUUCUGCGAUUGAGUGUUGAUGCAAAGUCAGUGCAGUGUUCUGCUGUUGAAUUCUUGUGUGAAAUCUGAAGUGACAGCACUUUUUGCAACAACAUAUUUAAAUUCACAGGAUUUCAGUAUGCUGCUCUUCAGUGUGCAUGUACAUUGCAGAAAAAAGCAUUUUCAGAGAAUUGUAUUUUGUCCAUUAUUUUAAUGUCCACAUAUUUGUUAAGUGGAAACAAUGUUAAUGUAUUUUAUAUAUUGGCUUUAAUAAAAGUCCAAAGUUUUAAGGCCAUCUUUUGUGUUUAAGAAAUUUUCUU